AUUUGUAGUUAUGCAUCCUGAACUUUGCGUAGAUCCUGUGAUCCUCUAGACUAUUUUUUACCGUAUUUAACUGAUAUAUAUUUGACACUUGAACUACUGCGUGUAUUUCACGCACAUUGAACGCCUAAGAAAAAAUAUUUGAUAAAGAACAUUUAGGUCAGUUAAUACGUUAACAAAUAGUUUCGGAAAUUCAUUAUAACCCUCACAAAAUUCAGAUGAGAAGAAAAAAAAAAAAAAAAAAAAAGGGACAAGUGAAUCCUACAAUAUUAUUAAGUUUAAAAAAUAAAAUCGUGAGUUAUAUAAGAUCCGAGUGGCGCGCCCGCUAUCUUAGAUCAACGCAACUUCCAUAUAUACACUCACAACUUUCCCUCCUUUAUCUCUCUCUCUCCAUCUUUUUUUUCUGUAUCAAUGAGAGAAGCUAAUUACUGAUUUGGAAAAGAAAAAUAAUUCGUUUAAUUAGUUGAUUUUGCAAAAUGGGAGUUUAGGACUCACAUUCAAAAUCUUGGUGAUAUUUUUCUUCUUUCAUUUGGUGUGGCUCGAACAAGUGACCUUUUAGUUGGUUCCCUCUGUUUUAGAAUUUGAAUUUAAUGCUCUGUUAGUAGGUUCGUUUUGGCUUCUUUUUUAAAUGUUAAAAGAAAAUUGGGUUCUUCCUUAUCUUGUUCAAAAUCUUGGUAAAAUUUGUGCCCUUUAUGUUCCCUCUGUUCUAGAAUUUUGUCCCCUUUUAGUUGGUUCAUUUUGGCUUCAGAUUUUUAACGGUUAAAGAAAAUUGGGUGGAUGUAUUACUCAGUUUCACUGUGAUGACGACCCACAUUCUCCUUCCUCCUCUUCUUCAAAAUCUUGUUGAAAUUCCUUCUCCAUUUUAUCUCCAAAUUGGGUGUGACGGUUCUAGAAUUCUAUCUUCUUUUGUUAAUCCGUUCGUUUUCUCUGCUUUUUUUGCUCCCUUUUUAACUGUUGGGAAAAUUGGGUUUGUACGUAUUUGUCUCUCUCUAUUCAGAAUCGCAUAGAGACGAAGCUGCUGAUUUAUAAGUUCCUUUAUUUUCCGAAAAAUGUAUUAGAAAAAAUUUGCAAUUUUUUUUUUCCCAUAUGUUGGAAGUUUCUGAUGAGUUUGAUUUUGCUAAAAUGAUUCACAUUCCCCUUGAUAUUCCUCUUCAAAGUCUUGCGAUUUGGGUGUUGUCUGUGACGGUUGAGUUCCUCUGUUAUAAAAUUUUGUUGGUUUCCGGGAAGGGCUAGACCACGAGGGUUUAAUUUGUUGAAUAGCUAACAGGGAGCGAUUCCAAUUCCCACGACGACCCACAUUCCCUUUCCCCUUGAAAAUCUUGAUGAAAGUGUUCUUUAUAAGGCGAAUUGAUCUCAGUUCCCCUGUUCUAGAAUUCUGUGAUUCUUUUGCGAAAAUCGUGUCUAUAUAUCUGUAUGAGUGCUGUGCAUAUAGUAGGGAGGAGUUCUUUGUUUGUAUCUGUGUCUGUACUCUUAUGUUUUUUGUUUGUUAUAUUGUUAUUUGUCUUGAGCUUGGGGUGUAUCGGAAACAUCCUCUGUACUCUCUACUUCAUUCUGAGGUAGCGGUGGUAUGAACUGCAUAUACUUUACCCUCCUCAAACCCCACUUUGUGAGAGUACAUUGGGUAUGUUGUUGUUGUCGUUAUUUCUAAAAAUCUGCCUUUCUAAGUACACUUUACUCUCUGUUGAUUUGAGUUUAAUUAGUUGAUUUGCUAAUGAGAGCGAUUCCAAUUCUAGAUAACCGCCCGCAUUCUCCUUUAUCCUCUUCAAAAUCUGUUGGAUUGAAAGCUUUUCUUCAUUGGGGAAAAUCGAUCAGUGAUGGUUUAGUCUCUAUGUUCUAGACUUUUGUGUUCUUGUAUUAGUUGGGUGGUUCUGGCUUCUUUUAGGAAAAUUGGGUGUAUAUCUAUGUUUAUUCUUAAAUUGUAUAUAUAUCUUUGUUUGUGUUACCAUUUUCUGCGCUUAAUUAUGGGUAGCCUUUGUUAUUUUGCUUUCCAUGAUCUGUUUUCUUAAUUUGUAUAUAACUAGUCUCUCUAUCUGUGUAUUCAGAAUCGUAGAGUCGAAGCUGCUGCUGAUCUGGGUUUCUUUCAUUUUCAAAAAAAUAAUUCAAGUGUUGGAAGUUUGCCAAAAUGGGAGUAUUCAACUUCAUUGUGAUUCCGAUUAUUGAUGGCCCUCAUUCUCCUUCAUCCAGUUCUUGAAAUUCUUGUCCUAAUAUGAUGGAGAAGGCAUUGGACUCAAGUCACUUGCUAGUUAAAGAGAUGAACAAGAAAAAAGAAAGAAUCAGCAAGUCCAAAGCUACCGGUAGUGCUGCAGCAUCAAUGAAUUUUUGCCUAUGCGCUCCUCCCACCCACCCUGGCUCAUUCAAGUGUCGCCUCCACCGAGCCACCUCUUCAUCUUACCCCAGAACCGUUCCAGUGUCGGUGUUGAAGCAUUGUGUAUGUGCACCCGCUACCCACCCUGGCUCAUUUAAGUGUCGCCUUCACCGAGCCACCGCUUCAUCUCACACAAGAUCCGGUAAAUCCUUCUGCUACGUAAAACAAAGGGUUGUGACAAGAAUAGUUCAACUUUUCAUGUCCUCACAAAAGAUGUCUUUAUUCUUCUUCUUUUCAGUUUCAUCAUUCACUCAUCACAUUACGGGCGUCAAAUGUACAAAGAACUUGAAUCCCUUAAAACUGGCCGCGCCUUCACAAAGUGGCGGAAUCAGGAACUCUAACAAGGGGAAUGUUCAUGGGAAGCCUAAACUAUCACGAUUCGGCCGGGCUGCUCUUGCUCAUGCUGCUUCUGCUGCUGCAACUAGUGUACAAAUCCAACCAAUUUCUGCAGCUUUUCGACAAAUGAAUCUUGAUCAAGACAGCCAAGCGAUACGAAGGGGAAAAGAGAAGCGAACCAAAGAUCAAGAUUCUGCUUUUUAAGGAAGUUACUUGAUUAAUGAUAACUAGAUGAAGAUUAAUUGUAUAGAUGGAGAAAUAUCCUUUUCUCCAUGCCUCUGUAAAUAGACAUAUUAACAAGAAUUAUCUGCAACUAGCUAUAGAGAGCUCUAGUGUUUAGUACUGACUGGCUUGUUAUCAAAGUUUACAAUGGCCACAUGUAUACAACCGUACUGAUAAU